AUUUCUAGGAGUAAUGGAUCCUCCAGAGCGAGAGGCACCCCUACCUUGCCACUUGUUAUGUUUGGCCAUGUUUUCGGCGAUAGAUUCUUGGUAGUGUUUCUAAAGGUAAUCAGAACACACAAUGAUGAGUUAUUCAGCGCCUAGGAAAUCAAAUAUUGCAUCAAGUCCAUCAUCUAUUGGAAGUAGAAGUGGAAUAACACCAACUGUUGCAAGCGAAUCUGGUGUGGCGCUUUUAGCUCGACUUGGAACUCGACCCAGUCUGCAUGAUCUCGAGCCCUGUUUGUUUCCAGGAGGACUACAACCAGGUGAUAUUAUUGAGAUCACUGGCAACAGAAAUUGUGGCAAAUCAUUACUGAGUCUCCAUUUAGUUGUCUCCGUUCUUCUUCCUCGCAUCUGGAGAGGAAUUAAUGUCGGGGGCUGCGGUGGUGGCGUUGUAUUUGUGGAUAGUGAUUUGCACUUCAGCAUCUUGCAUUUGGAAAAUAUGAUGCAGAGGAGAAUCAAGAAAAUAUUGAAAAUGACUAAGGAUGCGAUAAAGAGAAAAAAGAGCGGGUAUAGUUUUGACGAGAGAUUAAUUGAUGAUGAGGAUAAAAUACAAGAACUCCUUCAUUCUGGUAAGUCAAGUUUUAAGACUGAGAUAGAUAAUUUGAUUAAGAACUGUCUAAAGUCAUUAUUCUAUUUGAAGUGUACAGAGAGUUCACAAUUUGCAAUUACUUUAUUAUCUAUAGAUGAACUUCUUUCAAACAAAAGCAACAUUGCAUUUAUUGUGAUUGACAGUAUUUCUGCUUAUUAUUGGUAUGAUCGGGCUUAUAGAGUUGAAUCUUGGUAUAAACUUGAACAGUACUAUAAUCAAAUAUUCAAAGUAUUUCUUGGCCAUAUAAAAAAGCACAAACUUGUGCUGCUUUCUACACGUCAGUCACUCUUCCAAACGAGACCGGCACACGAGGACAAUCAGAACAAGCGUCAUACGGAAGAGGAGGAGUCAGAAGAAGGAAAGACAGAAUAUGAAUACAUGGGAAGAGAGUGGGCCAGCCUUGUAACUUGCCGGGUUAACGUGUCCACAGACAAUAGUGGCGACACAUCAGUACCUCUAGAUGAAAAUUGCAAAGGCGAUGUUAUUAUGAAUAAAAUUUCUAGUUAUUCAACAGACACUGUGACAGUUGGUAUGAACAAGUGUGAGAAUGCAGCGACAUCGGACAACUGCAGGCAGAUAUACUCUGCAGAAGUGAGUAAAAAUGGGAAGAAUAAUAAAUUGUUUUUUACAGUUCAUGAAGAUGGGCUCAGAUGGACACCACUGCCAUAGUGUUGACUUCAUAAUGUUUUGGAGAUAACCACAUAUUGCUCAAUUAUUUUUGUACUGUGCUGAUAUGCAUUCAUUUAUUUUUUAGAUUUCCUUUAUUUUAAGAAGAGAGUUUAUGUAUGAGCCACAUUAUUAAUUCUGUAUCAGCUACCAUAUUGUGUAUACUUUUAUAAAUAAAACUAUUUUUAUG